AUGAAAGAUAAAGACGAGGAGAAAGAAAAGCAGACGAAGGAAGGAGAUGGAGGAGAGAAGACAGCGAAAGGAGAAGGAGAAGGAGGGAAUAAUAAGGAGGAGGCAAGCACAGGAGGAGGAGGAAAGGAGGAAGCAUUAAAGGAUUCGGAAGGGGAGAGCGCUCGUCUUGACUACGACAAAAAGACGAGUCGGGGAGAGUUAGCGGUGAAGGUGAUCUGCUUGGGCGACAGUGCGGUGGGCAAGUCCAAGCUCGUGGAGAGGUUCCUGCUGGACGGAUAUCAACACCAGCAGCUGUCCACCUUCGCCCUCACCCUUCACCGAUACCGGACAAAUGUGAACGGGACGGAUGUGCUUGUGGAUUUUUGGGACACGGCCGGACAGGAGCGAUUCCAGACCAUGCACCCCUCCUACUACCACCAGGCCCACGCAGCCAUCCUCAUCUUCGACGGGACACGGAAGAUAACCUACAAGAACCUUCCCGCAUGGUACAAGGAACUACGCGAUCAUAGGCCUGAAAUCCCGGUGUUCUGCGCAGUCAACAAGAUCGACGAGAACACGGAUAUCGCCGGCAAGAGCUUCGCCUUCCCGGAGCGCCACAAGUUGCCCUUCUACUAUGUGUCGGCGUCCACGGGGGCCAAUGUGGUACGGCUGUUCAGGGACGCGAUCUCGGCAGCGCUGGAGUACAAGAAGAACCCGACCGAUGUGACGGAUCAGAUUAUGGAGGAGCUGGAGAUGCAGGAGUGAGGGUGGUGGUGAUGGUGGUGGUGGUGGUGGUAGUGUUAGUGGUAGUGUUAGUGGUGUUAGUAGUAUAGCAGCCUUAGAAUUAGUAAUAGUUUUGCAUUCAUGAUCUGUUAGUAGUGUUAGUACUGU